UCGCGCACCACGUGACCACCAGUUAAAAAAAACAUGGCGGCCCCCUGUUCUGCAGGACGCGCUACAAGAUCAGGACUGGGUGUUAUCCUGCAGAGACUUUGUUGUCUAAGGAACUUCGGACCCCCCACAGCUCUUCUGUGUCAGCAGCAUCGACGCUUCUUCUGGAGGAAGUGGAAAAGUUCUCACAAUGUGGUUCGCCCGGCUACUGUUAGGCCUGCCUAUGCAGUACCCAAGCACAUUGUGCGGCCUGACUACGUAGACACUAGACUGGUCCCAGAAUGGCCCGACUACAUAGAAAUAAAAGGUCAAGAGCAGAUCGAAGGCCUUGCCAGAGCAUGUCAGCUGGCCAGACAUGUUCUUCUGCUAGCUGGAAGCAGUCUGAAGGUUGGUAUGACUACAGAUGAAAUAGACUUUAUCGUGCACCAGGAGACAAUCAAGCACAACGCCUACCCAUCCCCUCUCAGAUACGGAGGAUUCCCCAAGUCAGUCUGCACAUCUGUGAACAACGUGGUCUGUCACGGCAUACCUGACAGUCGACAGCUCCUAGACGGUGAUAUCAUCAACAUCGACGUCACUGUGUAUUUGGACGGUUACCAUGGUGACACCUCAGAAACCUUCUUGAUUGGCGAGGUGGAUGAGGUUGGCCGGCGGCUGGUGGAAACCGCCAGGCGAUGCAGAGACGAGGCCAUCGCCGCCUGCAAGCCGGGCGCACAGCUCUGUGUUAUAGGAAAUACUAUCAGUGAAAUAGCCCAUGCCAGUGGCUUCCAAGUGUGCCCUUAUUUCAUCGGACACGGAAUAGGAUCCUACUUUCACUGCUACCCUGAGAUCUGGCACCACGCUAAUGACAAUGACAUGACCAUGGAUGAAGGGAUGUCUUUCACAAUAGAGCCCAUACUGAUGGAGGGAUCUGUAGAGUUUAAAAUACUGAAGGACAAGUGGACCGCAGUGUCUGCAGAUGAUAAAAGGUCGGCUCAGUUUGAACACACGGUCGUCAUCACAUCUGACGGAGUGGAAAUUCUCACUACACUGCCAGAAGAGGGCAACGUGUGACUUCAGCUACUUUUCUGUGAUAAUAAAACACUUUCAAAGGAACCUGAGCGGUGGUACCAUUUUAAAAGAGUGUGCCUUGUCUAACUUUAAAGUGUAUAAAAGGAAUUUUACCUUUUUUUUUACUUUAGAUUAUUAAGUAGGGAUUUCACGUACAUUAUCUACCUGUUGACUUUAGUCAGCUGUGACUAAGGUUUGUUUUUUUUCUUUCACUCUUGACUGAAAAAAAAGUGGCUGCUGGCUCAUCUUCCUAUAAGUUGAGAUAUAUGCGGGUCUCCGAGUUCUUUUCUUAGCACUUCAGCAACUGACAAGUGUAGCUAAGCUUUUUUUUUUAAGAUUUGUGCAAUCCUCUCUGCCAGUCUGAUAGUUCAACAGAGCCCAUGUGACUAUUUUUUUUUCUAAUGUUGAAUAGGAGUAGCACGAGCAGGCUCUUAGCCUUAGACUCGCCACCAGCCAAACACUGUAAAAUGUCUCGACUAUUUAAUAAAAUCACAAAACUUUUACCAUAAA